UUGAGUUUCUUUCUUAUAUCCUUCAGGAAGCAAUAAACAUGUACGAGCUCUUCCAUAAUCGAUACAUGCUUCACUACACCGUCUACCAUCACAGGGUUAAGGUGGUAAUCGAAACAAUAAUUACUGAUGCACUUGUGGCUGCUGAAGAUCACUAUAAACUGGGUGGAAAGACUAUCUCUGAGGCAGUUUUGGACCCUAAAACAUUCAUGAAACUCACAGAUGACAUCGUCAUGAAUAUCAUGCAGUCAACAAACCCAAACCUCAAUAACUCAAAGAAAAUCAUCAGAAGAAUUAGGAAACGUGAGCUUUACAAAUUUGUCGGUAGCAAAAUAUUUCAGACAAGGGAGAUAAACAACUUGAAAACAGCUCAAACGAUGCGCGAUGCUACUGAGAGACUGACCGCCUGUGAGUGCUUUUGGACGGGAGAGGGGCUCACGGCAGCACCCGCUGCUCGUUGA